AUGAUUGUUUUGAAGAGUGCUGAUGACAAAGAAUUCGAAGUGGAAGAAUCAAUUGUUAUGUUAUCUGAAACAAUCAAACACAUGAUUGAAGAUGAUUGUGCUGGGGAUGGUAUUCCAUUACCAAAUGUUACUAGUGAUGUUCUGGAGAAAGUGAUUGAGUUCUUGAAGAAGCAUGGUCCUGCUAUGGAAUAUCUCUAUGGACCUGAUGGGAAGAUAGUUAAAGAUGAGAUUGAUGAAGAAGAGUUUAAUAAGGUUGCUGCAAAAUUGAUGCAGUUUGAUCAGGAGUUUAUUGAUGGGUUGGAGUCUGAUCAAGUACUUUUUGAUUUGAUCUUUGCUGCUAAUUACUUGGGUAUAAGGAAUUUGAUGGAGUGUACUUGUCAAGUUGUUGCUGGUAAGCUUAGAGAGAUGACUCCGGAACAGGUAAGGGCUUAUCUUCGAAUUGAAAAUGAUUAUUCUCCUGAGCAAGAGGCUAAAGUUAGGGCUGAUAAUGCUUGGGCUUUUCAGUAG